UAUGUUAAUUAAUUAAGUGCAUAGCAUUGCUAAGCUGAAAAAAAGAGCAAAGAAGAAGAAGAAGCAGAGUGGGUUGUGUAUGAAAACAUCAUUUCUCUUCUUCGUCAAGCACAAUUACAAACAAGAAGAGGAAGAAGAAACGAUAGUCCUCUUUGCACUAAUGACAAAAUGACUAAAAAACUCACAACCACCAAAUUCCCUACAGAACUCGACCUCGAUUCCUUCCUAGGCUUACACUCUGAUUUCGACGACGACGACUCCGCCGCUGUCCCUCACCGUACACUCGAUGAAAUCCUCAACGACUCCGAUUCUUCCACGUCACUCUCUCCUCCUUCAUCCCCCGCAUCCCUGAGUAAUCUCCCUCAAAACGACGCCAUUUCACAGGAUUCUACAGAAUCUCUUAAUCGCACUCAAUCUCAACUUUUAGGUGACAGGCUUGACCAAGCACGACAUAGUUCCUUUACUCGAGGCGGGUUUUUAGGUGAUCCGGUAUGGAGAGCUCCCUCUUCGUCUUCUUCAAGACCGUUACCGUCUCUUUUCGGUGGUGUGAGAUCGAAUGCGAAGCCAGGUGCUGCUCUUGCGGCUGCUGCGGCAGCAUCGAGAUCCGUACCGACACCUCAUGCUGCUGCGAUCAAAUCGAGGAGGGCGGUUACUCUUCAGAAGGUUAUGGAUAGUGGCGAUGAUCAUGAAAUUGUUUCUAAUUCAUCAUUUGUUGCUUCGGAGAGAAUGGAGUCAGAUGAUAAAUUAGCAGAAAUUGAUGAUUUGGAUAGUACAACGGGUGAGGUUUUUGAUAGUAAUAGUAAAGUCUUGGAAGGUGAAGUAGAAGAUACAGAAGCAGCUCCACUUAAUACUGAGGGAUUAAGUAUCACAAAUAAUGAUCAAAAUCUGUUAAAUAACAAUACUUCGACCUCCAAUGUAAAUGUUAAAUUAGAUUUGAAUGAUGACUCGAUUUUAGGUUCCUAUGAUAGAAAAGAUGAAGCCAUGGCAAUGGAUAUUCCGGCUUCUUCUAGGGAUGAUGAUUAUGAAAGUAAUGAGAUGCCACUGGAAGAUGGAGAUAAUUUGGAGAAAGGUAAAGAUGAUGAGUCUGGUGAUGGUGAUGCUAGUUCUUUAAGUGACAUUUCGGACCUUGUUGAGGAGAGAAUUGGGAAAUUGGAGAGUGAGAGGAUAAUUAAAAAUGCUGAAAAGAAGCUCAAAGAAAAUACUAUGAAGCCACUUGAAUUGGCUGAAGAGCUUGAGAAGAAACAAGCUUCUACUGGAUUGCAUUUGGAAGAAGGUGCAGCUGCUCAGCCGAUGAAGCUUGAGGGUGUUCGGAGAGGGUCUACUACUUUGGGUUACUUUGAUAUUGAUGCUAAUAACGCCAUUACACGGACAAUUAUGUCUCAAACCUUUCGGCGGGAUCAUGGUUCUCCACAGGUUCUGGCCGUUCAUCUUAACCACAUUGCUGUAGGAAUGGGAAAAGGUGUCAUUGCCGUUGUUCCAAGUAGAUACUCGCCUUAUAAUGGUGAUAAUAUGGAUUCAAAGAUGCUUAUGCUUGGUUUACAAGGGGAUAGAUCUUAUGCCCCAGUAACUUCCAUGUGCUUCAAUCAGCAAGGGGACCUCCUGUUGGCUGGUUAUGGUGAUGGUCACAUUACUGUUUGGGAUAUCCAGAGAGCGUCAGUAGCCAAAGUUAUAACUGGAGAGCAUACGGCACCAGUGGUACAUGCACUAUUUCUAGGUCAGGAUUCUCAAGUUACCCGUCAAUUUAAAGCAGUUACUGGUGAUAGUAAAGGUCACGUUUAUUUACAUUCGUUCUCAGUGGUUCCCUUGCUUAACAGAUUCACCAUCAAGACACAGUGUCUUCUUGAUGGGCAAAGGACGGGUAUUGUACUAUCAGCUUCACCCCUUCUUUUUGAUGAAUCCUCUGGAGGUGCUUUGCCAUCAUCACAGGGAAACGCUUCAGUUUCAUCCAGCAGCAUUGGUAACAUGAUGGGAGGUGUAGUUGGGGGAGAUGCAGGAUGGAAGCUAUUCAAUGAAGGCUCUUCUCCAGUUGAAGAAGGUGUGGUCAUUUUUGUCACCCAUCAAACUGCUUUGGUGGUUAGGCUCACUCCUACUUUAGAAGUCUAUGCACAACUUUCGAAGCCAGAUGGAGUCAGAGAGGGUUCCAUGCCUUACACGGCAUGGAAAUGCACUUCACAAUCACACAGCUCAGAAUAUGAAAAUAUUAGUGCAGAUGCAGCAGAACGAGUUUCAUUGCUUGCAGUUGCAUGGGAUCGGAAAGUCCAAGUUGCAAAGUUGAUAAAAUCAGAGCUUAAAGUAUAUGGAACAUGGUCUCUUGACAGUGCAGCCAUAGGCGUCACUUGGUUGGAUGCUCAUAUGCUGGUGGUUCUCACAUUGACAGGACAGCUUUAUUUGUUUGCAAAGGAUGGUACUGUGAUUCACCAGACUAGCUUUGCUGUUGAUGGUUCUGGUGGAGAUGAUCUUGUUGCAUAUCAUACUCACUUCAUAAAUAUCUAUGGGAAUCCUGAGAAAGCCUAUCACAAUAGCCUAGCAGUAAGAGGUGCUUCUGUAUACAUACUUGGACCCACACAUCUUGUCGUUUCCCGGCUUCUUCCGUGGAAGGAACGAAUUCAGGUUCUGCGGAGAGCAGGUGACUGGAUGGGUGCCUUGAAUAUGGCAAUGACACUUUAUGACGGACAAGCUCAUGGUGUUAUUGACCUUCCUAAAUCUGUGGAUGCUGUACAAGAAACCAUAAUGCCCUAUCUGGUAGAGCUGCUAUUGUCGUAUGUAGAUGAAGUAUUUUCUUAUAUAUCAGUAGCUUUCUGCAACCAAAUUGGAAAAGUAGAACAGCAAGAUGAAUCAAAGACCGGAGGCAGUUCUGUGCACUCUGAAAUAAAAGAACAAUUCACUCGCGUUGGUGGUGUUGCAGUAGAAUUUUGUGUUCAUAUACAUCGAACUGACAUCCUUUUCGAUGAAAUCUUCUCUAAGUUUAUGGCUGUUCAACACAGAGAUACCUUUUUGGAGCUUCUGGAGCCAUAUAUACUGAGGGAUAUGCUUGGAUCCCUACCCCCUGAGAUUAUGCAAGCGCUAGUAGAGCAUUAUAGCAGCAGAGGGUGGUUGCAGCGAGUUGAACAAUGUGUUCUUCACAUGGACAUUUCUUCCUUGGAUUUCAAUCAGGUUGUCAGGCUGUGCCGGGAGCAUGGAUUAUAUGGGGCGUUGGUGUAUCUUUUCAAUAAAGGAUUGGAUGAUUUCAGAGCACCUUUGGAGGAGUUACUAAUUGCUUCACGGAACAGUCAUAAAGAGAGUGCUGCUGCCCUCGGGUAUAGGAUGCUUGUUUACUUGAAGUAUUGCUUUUCAGGUCUUGCCUUCCCGCCAGGACAGGGAGCUCUUCCUCCAAAACGUUUGCCAUCCCUUAGGACAGACCUUGUUCAGUUUCUAUUGGAGAAAUCCAGUGCCCUGAAUUCAGUAGUAGAUUCAACCUUGUCAUCGAGACGAACAUACCUGAACCUGUAUCAUCUCUUAGAGCUAGAUACAGAAGCUACUUUAGAUGUUCUGAGGUUGGCUUUUCUAGAUGAUGAAAAUCCAAAGUCUGACUUCUCUUCAGAUGAAAAUGCCAAUGUAGAUAUUGAGGCUGAGCAAGAUAAUAUUGCAAAUGAAAGUCAAAUUUUAUUGGCUCAAAAUGCUGUAGAUGCUCUUGUUCAAAUCAUUGAAAAAGAUAUACCUCAAACAGCUGAGUCUGCUAGUGCUGAUGAUACUGGAUUAGUAGAAGCAUGGCCUUCAAAGAAAGACAUAGGGAACCUGUUUGAAUUCAUAGCAUAUCAUGUUGCAUGUAGAAAAGCUCGUGUUUCGGGCAGUGUAUUGAGUCAGAUUUUGGAAUACUUAACAUCAGAGAGCAAUUUUUAUGCAAGUAUUCAUGCACAUGAUAUCCAAACUUCAAAAAGGAGGGAGAAGCAGGUGCUUGCGCUUCUGGAAGUGGUGCCUGAGACUGAUUGGAAUUCAUCUUAUGUGUUACAGCUAUGUGAGAAAGCUCAAUUUCACCAGGUUUGUGGCUUUAUUCAUACCAUCAGAAACCAGCAUCUUGCUGCAUUGGAUUGCUAUAUGAAAGACGUGGAUGAACCCAUUCAUACUUUCUCCUAUAUCUACAACAUAUUGAGACAGCUUACUAACAAUGAACACAAUGCUUUUCAAUCAGCUAUUAUGUCUAAGAUUCCAGAGUUGGUUGUCUUAAGCAGAGAGGGGACAUUCUUGCUGAUCAGGGACCAUUUUCAGAAUGAUAGUCCACGCAUCCUCUCUCGACUACAAUCGCAUCCAAAGAGCCUUUUUCUGUAUCUGAAGACAGUUAUUGAGGUUCACUUAUCUGGAACCCUCAAUUUUUCUCGUUUGAAAAAGGAUGAUAGCGUUGAUGCUUUUAGUGGAAGAAGAGUGGAAGAUCAGUUGAAAGGACUUGAAGCUUACUUGGAAAGAAUAUCUGAUUUUCCCAAGUUUAUUCGGAAUAACCCUGUUAACGUGACUGAUGAUAUGAUAGAGCUUUAUAUGGAGUUGUUAUGUCAGUAUGAGCGUAAUUCAGUUCUCAAAUUCCUGGAGACUUUUGAAAGCUACCGGGUAGAAAACUGUUUACGCCUAUGCCAGGAAUAUGAGAUAACAGAUGCUGCUGCUUUUUUAUUAGAAAGGGUUGGUGAUGUUGGGAGCGCCCUUUUGCUCACUCUUACUCAGCUCAAUGAUAAAUUUGUUAACCUUGAUAUAGCUGUGGAAAGUCUGAUUUCAACAUCUUUGAGUAGCUCUAUUGGCACAGAUCAGUAUGGCAAUGUUCUAAGAAUAAAAGAGGUUGAUGACAUAUACAGUAUAUUGAAUGUGUGUAUUGGAUUGUGUCAGCGAAACACCCCUCGUUUGCAACCUGAGGAAUCAGAAACACUCUGGUUCAAAUUACUUGAUUCGUUUUGUGCGCCUUUGAUGGAUUCAUUUACUGACAAAAGGGUAUCGAAACGAGAUGAUCAUGCUGGAAUGCUAACUGAAGCAUUGGGUGAACACGAGGAUGACGAGGCCAUAAUUAAGUGGAAAAUCUCCAAGUCUCACAAAGGUGCUCAUAUCUUGAGAAAAUUGUUAUCUCAGUUCAUCAAAGAGAUUGUUGAAGGAAUGAUAGGAUAUGUUCACCUUCCAACUAUCAUGUCAAAACUCCUCUCUGAUAAUGGUAACCAGGAAUUUGGUGAUUUUAAAAUUACAAUAUUGGGGAUGCUGGGAACAUAUGGCUUUGAGAGGAGAAUUCUGGAUACUGCCAAGUCCUUGAUAGAGGAUGAUACGUUCUAUACCAUGAGUUUACUUAAGAAGGGGGCAUCUCAUGGGUAUGCCCCGCGGAGUCUUGUAUGUUGUAUAUGUAACUGUCCUCUCACUAAGGAUUCCCCUAGUUUCCGGAUUCGAGUUUUCAGUUGUGGUCAUGCUACUCAUCUUCAGUGUGAACUGCUCGAAAGUGAAACAUCAAGUAAAGGUUCCUUGUCUGGAUGCCCUAUUUGUAUGCCUAAGACAAAUACUCAGAGGCCUAGAAAUAAAUCAGUCCUUGGUGAGAAUGGUUUGGUGAAUAAGGUUUCAUCAAGAGCGAAACGAGCACAUGGAACUGGCACUUUACAUUCACAUGAAGAUUCAUCAGACAAUUCAUAUGGGCUGCAGCAAAUGUCACGGUUUGAGAUAUUGACUAAUCUUCAGAAAGACCAGAGAUUAGUCCAGAUAGAAAAUAUGCCCCAGUUGAGACUUGCCCCACCAGCUGUUUAUCAUGAAAGGGUAAAGAAAGGACCUGAGGUUUUGACAGGAGAGAGUAGCAGUGCUAUUGCGAAAAGAAUUGAAAAAUCGAGCAAAAGGAGGCAACUCAGGGAGCUUAAAGUGACAGGAUCAUCUCUUCGGUUCCCAUUAAAAUCAAGUAUAUUUGGCAAAGAGAAGAUAAAUAAACGGUGAUACGACUGUCUUGUACAGACUAACAAUUGUAGAGAUUCCAUACCAGCCGUCCAAUAGCUGAUGAAUCUGUUGAUCCGAACUGCACCUUUGACCUCGCUGAGUUUUUGACCGUUCUCUCAUUUAGUAAUUUUUUUUUUUCCAUGUAUAGAAGAUAAUUUUUCCUUUUGUCCAUAGAGUUGCUAUAUUCACCAUGUAUGUUUAUGUAUAAUAAGUCUUUUCUGGUCAUUUAAUAAAUUUUGCAAGUGGCAAGCAGAUGGCUUUCGUAAAUAAAAUUAUUAUUAUUAUUUUUUUA